AUGUCGUUCACUGUUCGUUCAUUUUUUCGUAGUAAUCGUUCUCGUAGUAAAGAAAUGAAUAUAAAACAACAACAACAAAACUCUCAAGAAACGGUAUCAGAACGAUCACUAAUCAAAUUACCAAUUGUAGAAGAUCAUCUGCCUAGUAAUUUUCUUUUACGUGAUGUUAAUCAAUGGAUAACAAGUAUGAAUUCUCAACAAAAAUCUAUCAAUAUAAGUUGUUGUGGUGGUGAUGAAAAGAAAAAUGCUAUUAAAAAUCAAAUAAAAGCUCCACAUUUGCCUAAAGAAACAGUUGAACAUAACAAGGAACUUACUGAUUCAAUUGAAUCAAAUGAUCAUAAGAUCGAGCAUAUUAUUCAACAACACGCGCCUAAAUUUGAUAAUGAUAAUGAUUCAAAUGAUUUAUUUAAUAAGAAAGAAAUAACAAAAGCAAUAAUAAAUCAAUUAGCUCAACGAGCAUUAACUAGACCAAUGAAUUCAAAUAAUGAUGAUCAACCACGUCUUUGUACAAAGAAACAUUGCUCAUUUGCCAAUGAACCAUUGACAAUCAAACCUGUGACUUGUGUGCCUGGUAUUGGUCCAAAACAUGGAGAUUUAUGUGAAAAACAAGGAAUUAUUAUGGCUCAUCAAUUACUAUCCAGAUAUAUGAUGAGUGGUAAUGAUGAAGAAUUUGAAAAAUCUCUUGUUGUUCAACUUGGUUUUACACCAAAAUCAGCUGCAAUGACACGUGAUGGACUUAAAGAAAUGAGACGACAUUUGAUUUAA